AUGUUCCUCAAACCAUUGUCUAUUGUGGCCGCAGUGGUCAUAUCCAUCGUACAGUCCAAUGCUCAGGCACUGGUUAAUCUGGGCCUUGCCUCUCUCGGCUACCGCUACGUGACCACCGACUGUGGUUGGACUGUCGCUGAUCGCCUCCCCGAUGGCUCGCUGAUCUGGAAUUCGACUCUUUUCCCACAGGGUUUCCUAGCUCUCGGCCAGUUUCUUCAUGGCCUUGGACUGCUGUUCGGUGUUUAUCAGGAUGCUGGGAUUCUGUCAUGUGGUAGUCCACCUAAUCAGACAGGAAGUCAAUGCCACGAGCUUCAAGAUGCCGAGAACUUUGCGGCUUGGGAAGUAGAUUCUCUGAAAUAUGACAAUUGGUACUCCGACGCGGCAGCCGGAUUUCCAAAUGUUGAAUACACCUCUAGCGUAUCACCAGAACUGCGCUACGCCAACAUGUCAGAUGCCCUUGCUCAGCAGAAGAGAACCAUACUCUACCAAAUCUGCGAAUGGGCCCCCAGCAUUUUCCGAUUAGUGAACCAGGCAGGGCCACAGACGAGCUUCGCUGGGCCUGGCCAGUGGGCCGAUACGGACAUGCUAGAAGUCGGAAAUGGUGUUUAUACAAUUCCCGAAGAGCAGACUCAUUUCUCGCUGUGGGCGAUCUUGAAGAGUCCGUUGAUUAUUGGUGCGGCCCUGAAGGAUGAAAUCACGGCUAUUAUUAAGGAUAUCUGGAGCAAUAUCACGGUAAAGGGUGUCAAGACGUCGUAUAUAUCCCAGGUCCAAGGCCAUGGGACAUUGCUGCUCGAGUUGCAAGAUACCACUCCAUCGGGGCAGGACUCUGCCAACGUUUUUGGAACGUCAACAGGGAAAGUGACUAGCUUCGAGGAUAUCUACGGCCUCACUGAUAGCAGCAAUUACACACUAUCAAUAGCCUUCGCUUCGACGACCCCAACCAGCGAAGCGAUACAGUCAUUUCCCUACCUAUCUCCCUCGCGGCAAGCUACUCAAACGCACUCUCCAUCCAACACCAACUACGUCCUUCCUCCAUCAGGCACAUUCUACCCAAGUACAAGCUUCACCACCACCGGCUAUACGACUCAUAAUACCUACGGUAGCGGUUUUUGGGUCCCGGUUGGUGCCAAAAUAGGCUACAUCGGGCCCGGCGGGACAGCCUUUACCAGCAUCGCGUCCACCACUGCGGGUACCAAGUUUGAGGUGCCUCUCAGCGGGCGCCACAGCGAAUUGUUCGGGCCGGUAUCGACUGAGGGCUGGAUGGACGGUGACAAUGAAGUAGUGAUUGGCAAUGACGGAGGUGCUGGAUAUAGCGUGUACGGGGCUGAUUUUGUGGGGUUGAAGGUUUAUGCUUGA